AUGCCGAGCGGAGCAGAGAUCACGAAGCACAACAACCCACGCUCAUGCUGGGUGGUCAUCCACAAACAAGCAUACGACCUCACCGACUUCCUCCCCGAGCAUCCAGGAGGACAAGCGAUCAUCCUCAAGUAUGCCGGCAAAGACGCCACACUGGCGUACGAGCCCAUCCAUCCCCCGGGCACGAUCGAAGAGUAUCUGGAUAAGAAACACCACAAGGGCCCGGUCCCGGACGCCGAUCUGCAAUCCUUGCAGCCCGAGCCGCCCAACACCAAGCCAGCCGAGAACGGGGAGGCCCAACUGCCGAGUCUCUCGAGCUGCCUGAGUCUCUACGACCUCGAGUCGAUCGCCACCUCUCGGCUGAAUCCCCAGGCUUGGGCGUACUACUCCUCCGGCGCGGACGACGAGAUCUCGCUCCGGGAGAACCGCGCCGCGUUUCAGCGGGUCUGGUUCCGGCCCCGGAUCCUGCGAGACGUGCGGACGAUCGACUAUUCGUGCGUCUUGCUGGGGUCCCGGUCCAGCAUGCCCAUAUAUAUCACGGCCACAGCACUGGGAAAGCUCGGCCAUCCGAUGGGCGAGAAGAACCUGACGAUCGCCGCGGGCAAGCAGGGCCUGAUCCAGAUGAUCCCCACCCUCGCCUCGUGCGCAUUCGACGAGCUCGUCCAGGCCCGGGUCCCGGGACAGACCCAAUGGUACCAGGUCUAUGUCAACACCGACCGCGCCAAGACCGCCCGGCUCAUCCUCAACGCCGUCCGAGCCGGAAUCAAGGCCUUCUUCAUCACCGUCGACGCACCCCAAUUAGGCAGACGCGAAAAAGACAUGCGCCUCAAGUUCGAGGAUCUCGGCUCGGACGUCCAGAAUCAAGAUAACGAAAACGUCGACCGCAGUCAGGGCGCUACGAGAGCUAUUAGUAGCUUCAUCGAUGCCAGUCUUUCGUGGGUCGAUAUCCCGUGGCUCAAGAGCCUCACGAGUCUUCCUAUCCUUCUGAAAGGCGUCCAAUGCUGGGAGGAUGCAGUGCUGGCCCAAAAACACGGCUUGGCCGGAAUAGUCCUCUCGAACCACGGCGGGCGACAGCUAGACUACAGCCGAUCGGGGCUCGAAGUGCUCGUGGAAGUGGUGACGAAGCUAAAGAGUAUGGGGACGUGGCAACCAGAGAAGUUCGGGGUGUUCAUGGACGGCGGGGUGCGGCGGGCGAGCGACGUGCUGAAGGCGCUGUGUCUGGGCGCGACGGCGGUCGGGAUCGGCCGCCCCUUCUUGUAUGCCUACUCGGUCUAUGGCGCCCAGGGCGUCGUCCGGGCUAUCCAGAUCCUCAAGGACGAGCUCGAGAUGAACAUGCGUCUCAUCGGCGCCCCGUCGCUCGAACACCUGUCCCCCGACAUGGUCGAUAUCUCCGCACUCACCAACCGCAUCGUCGACACGACUCCCGACUUCAAGGCCCAGCAGAACUAUAUCCCGUUGCCUCAAAUCAAAGGCUCUAGAUUGUAA